AUGAACAAUGCGGGAACCCUUUCCGGGGUUGAAGAUUGUCUAUUUUUAAAUAUAUGGACCCCUUACCUCCCCGGUAAAUCUGCUUCCCCCAAAAACCUCAAACCGGUUCUCUUCUGGAUUCAUGGUGGCGGCCUCACCCAAGGCUCAGCCAACGAACCCGCCGCCGACGGCGGCAUGUUUUCCUCCCGCGGCGAUGUGGUUUUUGUUGCAAUACACUACCGUCUCGGGAAUCUAGGGUGGUUAGGUAUUAACAACGUUACUGUUCCAUCUGGUGAGGGCAAUGGUAACUACGGUCUCGGGGAUAUGCAGACGGCACUUCAAUGGGUCAAAGAGAAUAUCAAUUAUUUCGGAGGUGAUAAAAAUAAAGUUACCAUUAUGGGUGAAUCAGGCGGGGCUAUCGCCGUUCGUGCAUUAUUAGCAUCGAAGAAGUCAAAGGGAUUGGUAUCCGGCGCUAUUAUUCAAUCCGGAGCUUGGGGUGCUCCACCGGAGAAAGGAGAGAUUGAAUACAUUUCUCUUCAGAAGUCUGUAGCUACUUUAGCAGGAGACAUCGUCACACGCCUCGGAUGCGGUAACCUCGAUAUCUUAGAUAAACUAGCCUGCCUCAGAAGACUUUCCACCCAUCGAAUCGGCUUGAGUGCCUAUGCGAACUACCCUCUCGUCGAUUCCCGUCUCUUAACGGGCAGCCUCUCUACUACUGGAAAAGGUCCUGGCUACACUGUCCCCGUCCCCAUUCUUCUCGGUAUCGUUCGCGACGAUAUGGGCCCCUUCACCUCGAUGCUAUACGGUACCACCAACAUUCAAGAUUAUUUCGACAUGAUAGGCCCCCUGCUCCUAUCCGAAGACGUGUCCCAUCUCGCCCAAAACCCCAUUUUCUCAGCCCCUCCAACCGUCGAUGCGGCCGAGGCAGCUUUCAACAUCAGUACCCGUAUCAUGACCGACUACUGCUUUACGUGCCUUACCUGGUCGACCGGAUAUUCCCUUGCUAAACAUAAGGUCGUUCCAAGCGUUUACAUGUAUGAAUUCAAUCGAACUUAUAUGUUGCCCUUCUGGUCACCAUUACCUUGCAACCCUCCCCAAACUGCAGAAAAACCGCUAGGAGACUUCUCAAAAGAGUACUAUAAAUGCCACACCGGAGAACUUCCUUACACAUUUGGAACAAUGGGGUACAUGGGGAUGCCUGAUCGUGAUAACGGCGGCGAUACGGUGUUCAUGCAAUGGAUGCUUGACCUUUGGGCCUCCUUUGUCAGGACCGGGAAUCCGAAUCCCGACAAGGGCUUCUUGGAGGCAAGAGGUUAUUUAAAUACUAUCUCAAAGGUUGAAGAAGAAGGUGAAUGGAAGAAAGCGGUGGGAAACACAGGAGCAAAAGAUGUGAGGUUGAUGCAAUUGGAGGGAGCGGUCAUGAAGACGUAUUCUGAGUUAGAGCAGUGUGAGGCCAUGGGAAUGGAGUUAGAGUAUUACGAGUAG